AUGAUCAAGGCGAACCAUGGGCCUAUUAUUACUGUUGGUAGCAUAACUAGCUUCGUGGCUCUUGGUGAGAUGGUUGAUUACUGUUGUUCAAAGGCGAGCGCGUUGGCCUUCCACGAGGGGCUGCGUCAGCAGUUACAGUACUGGUACAAUGAACCAAAUGUGCGCACUAGAGUUUUCACAAUUCUCCUUGACGUUUUGGGAUCACUCAUUCAGUCCCUUCGUCAGCGUCAUUCGCCCUAUGUGGGUUCACACUCCCUGACUGGUAAAGAAUCCCACAACCGUCCGGCCACCAUUACCCCUAAGGUUGUUUUCGAGUCUAUUUGCAAGCAUAUUGUCACACAGAGCUGUGGUCAACCUGGUAAUAGCGAUGCCAAUUUGAGUGAAGGAGGGCGUACGUUCAUCUGCUUCCGGAGAAUUGAGAAGGAUGCAUAUGGCGCAGCAGACCUGCAGUUCAUGACCUAG